GAUCGCUGGACCACACGAAUGGCCUGGUUUAUUUAGCUAUUAUGAGGGCACAUUAAAAUGAACACACUCACUGUAUUUUUAGCUACUGUUUUAAACCAAUUACAUUUACAUCAGCUUUUAUGUUCUAAACUGUUUUUAUAUGUGAACAGUAAAUCUCUUUUUUUUAUUGAUGAUCAAAGCAUUCCUUUUACUUCCCAACUCACAUUUAAAUGAGUAGUAAAAAAUCAGCCUUGGGUGCCUGGUGGCUGGAAAAAAAGUGACAGAAAAAAAGUGUCAAUUUAGUAUAGGAAAAAAAUAACAGGAAAAAAAAGUCACAAUUUUUAUAUAACAAAAUGUAUGGUUUUGUAGAGUAUUGAAUGUGGCAUCAUACUCAUAGUAUGCAUGGGGUAAUUGUUAAGUAGGUCAAUUAGGCUAGAUUAAAGAAAGAGGCCUCAUAUUGUGCAUGGGUGGUGACUAAUUGUUACACUUAUUAAUUAGGGUCAAUUAGGCAGGAUUAAAGAAAGAGUCUUCAUAUUGUGCAGGGGUGAUGCUUGGGUCUAGCUUACUGAUUAGGAUAGAUUUAAACUAAGGGCUUCCUAUUGUAAAUGAUUUAUAAAAUGCCUAAGGUUAAAUGUGUUUCACUAUAUAUAGAUAUAUUCUCCAGCUUGCUAGUAUCAGAAGUAUAUUUAAUAUGGAAGUUAUUCAUAGCAAUAAGGGUGGUCACAAAAUCUGUCAUGAGGGGUUCAUGUAUACCAAACAUGCAAAUCGCAAAACAAAGUUGUAGUGGAAAUGUGUCAAAAGAUCUAGUGGUAAUUGUCGAGGUUCUAUGAUAACAGACUUACAGAGAGAGCACCCAGAAGCAGUUAAACCCCACAACCAUGCUGCAGAUCAGACCCACGUCCGUCUCGCCAAAAUACGCAACUCGAUGAAAGAUCAAGCUGCCAGGACCCGGGACAAGCCAGGCCAGAUCUUUGCCCAUGGUGUCAGUCAAUGUGACAAUGACGUACGUGCACUUCUACCUUCUGCUAGUACAUGCAAGCGAACUCUUCGCAACCAACGGCCGACUCCACCUGUGCCGCGUCUGCUGGAAGAUCUGGGUGAUCUGCCCGUCGAGUUCAUGCAGACAGUUGGCCCAAACCCUGAGGAGUUUCUAAUCUACGAUAAUGGCCCAAAUAUAAAUAACCGCCUCCUCGUGUUUGCUACCAAGGAAGGCCUAAAACAUCUUGCUGCUGCCAACACCCUCUACAUGGAUGGUAACUUCUCCAUGGCUCCAAAAGUCUUCAAGCAACUGUACGUCAUCCGUGUGCCCUUCGGUGAUACAGCUAUUACUACUGUUUACGCUCUCCUUCCUAACAAGACCUGAGCCACUUACAAGGAACUAUUUCAGGCUGUAGUGGACAAGUAUGCAGAAUCAGACUUUGACCUGAAUAUACAAACUAUAGUGACAGACUUUGAGGAUGGUGUACUGCGAGCUGUCCUUGCUGUCUUCGGUCGUGAUGUUACCAGUAAGGGUUGUUUCUAUCAUCUUACGCAAUGCACCUGGCGUAAGAUUCAGGACUUGGGCUUGGGUCCACACUACAUGGCCGAUGCUGACUUUCGCCUGUUCUGUGGUAUGAUGGAUGCUCUUGCCUUUUUGCCAUUAGAUGAAGUUGAGGAGGGUAUGGAACACCUAAAAGCUGUCAUGUCACAAGAUCCACCUGAAGUCGAGGACUUACUUACGACAGGCCCGGUACUCAGCUCAGGUUGCGUCGUGUUCCACCAAUGUUUGCUCCUGUCCUGUGGAACGUUCAUGAUGCCACCAUGAACAAUAAUCCGUGUACAAACAACUUGUGCGAAUGUUGGAACAACAUGUUCUUCAACCUUGUAGGCUACUACCACCCAUCAAUCUGGCGAGUUAUCGAAUGGUUUCAACGUGAGCAGGCUACAGUGGGCACCACCAUCCGCCA